UUGUGAUGUUAGGAUCAAUCCAUUCUACAGGAGACUCUUUUAAUAGAAACAAAAAUGAUAACAUUACGAAAACAACAUUUCUCUCUACUUUCUCUCAGAUCCUCAUUGAGGAGCAUCGUGGAGACGCUCUGGUUGUGUUACUCUACCCCGACUCCUGCGAGUUUAGGUCACCUGUUUGCUCUGCUCGCUCUCUGUCUCUCAAUGGCUGCCAUUACCGCCGCUCUACUAUUCCACUGGCUCACUGGUUUUCUUAAAUACGAUGUUCAGACAGCAAAGGUUGCUGUUGGUAUCUACGCCACAUCUUCGUUCAUUUUGUCAUCUUUAAUCCAUCCGUUCCGUUGUGCCUUAACCCUGAUUUUCCCCACUCUGGGUACCAGCCAGGGCCGUAAACUGCUGUUGUCCACAUCUGUUAUGAUUGUAAUCCUUUACGUCCUUCCAAACAUGGCCGCCAACAUCGCAACUCUAACUCACGUUGUGAAAUGUGCCUCGGAAAAGCUCUCCCAGAGUCUCUUAAGCAGCUCAGAUCUCAUCAACACCAUCAAGGAUAAUGUCGUCAAAACGGCUGAGGACAGCAUAAAAGUAAACACUUAUCUGGUACAAAAACUGCAUGAUUUCGAUCACACUACAAAUAUCAAUGUUUCUGAAGUAAAGGAGAGGUUGCAUUUCAUGAGUAAACAAGUGCAGGAGGAUUUCUCGGAAAUUAAAAGUCAAGUCCAGGACCUUAAAAUGCUGGCCAGCAGGAUGUUUGCUGCACUUUUUGUUUUAUAUUUGUUUAUGGAGUCUGUUAAUUACCUUCGAUCAUAUUUGACUUCUGUAAGAUUUGACAACACAUAUAUCACAGGCGCCCUUAGGACGAAAGCAUUGGUCAAAGGGAUUCCUGUUGAAGCUAAGGAUCUGAAAAAUGGAGUUAAUUCUACAAGCUUAAGGAUAACUAAAAGAGAACUUUGUAGAUGUAUAUUUCCCGCCCUGGUUAUCACUUCAUAUCUUUUAAUGACAAUCUUUCUGAUUGUAAUGGAUUAUUUAUUGUAUUGCUUGGUGAAAGCAGGAGGUUCGUGGAUUUCAAACAUUCCAUCCACCAACAUCAGCAUCAGCGUCCAAUUCAAGGGUGGAUUUGAAAUGAACAUUUGUCAGAUUUUCUCAAAAUGUCCGAUAGAAUUGUUCAAUUUGAAAAGAUCAUACACAACCCUUAUUCACACUCCAAGCUCAUGUGCGGCUGAUCCCAGCAAGCUGAACCCAAGUGCAAUGACGGCGCUGGUCUUCCUGUAUCUGUUCAGCUACACCCUACUGCUGCUGGAGGUCUACGCAAGACGUCUCAGGAGGAAAGUAGCUGCUUCUUUUUUCCAGAAACAGGAAGAGAAAAGGAUUGAAUUCCUUAUUAGAAAAAUUCAAACCAAGCACAAAGAAAGACAGAAAAAAGUUUUCUUUAUUACUCAACAGGAUAAGGAUACCAAAAACAGAUCUCGUACAUGACCAGGGGAUACAGUAAACUGGUCAAAUCCAUUAUGUAAAAAAUGCACUUUAUAUUAUAUAAGUACUGUUUGCUGUACUGCCAUAACACAAACACACACACACACACACACACACUUAGAACCAAUGUUUGAAACAACUAAUGGAAAUGUUUUGGUCAGUUAGUAUUUUAUUUUUUACAGUAUGUGUAAUAGGGAUGUCACUCACUAGACAUACAUAACCUGAAUUAUUUUUUAAGAAAAAUUUGUAAUGUUAUUUUGACUUUUUCGUACAUGUACAAAAGUCUUAAUGAGAAUCAACAGAGCUUUCACUUUGUUAAUAUUGAUGUUUUAGUGAGUUCAUUUUGAAGUCACCAGUGAUUCGAGUUGAGAACUUGACAUUUGAAGAAACACAAGAAAUCCAAUCCAGUGUUGUUAUUGUCAUGAAGUGCCUUAACUCACUCAUUGUGUGUUGUUUACACUUACAUUUUCUAUUCAAGUCAAGUCAAAGUCAAGCUUUGUGUGGACACACAGAGGAAUGGAAGGCCAUGCCUAGCAGGAACACAGUGUUACACGUUUAACAUACAAACAAGUUAUUUUAGCUUUGCAUAUACAGUUUCUUAUAUAAACACACAUUUAGACUGGGCCUAAACUAUGAUCUUAGAAUUUCCUGUUGCAGUCUUAACAUAUGUUUGAAAGAAUUAUUAAAAAAUGUUGUAUGGGAAGUUCUAAACUGCUCUGUCACAGUGACAUCAACAACAGGCGUAUAACAACUAUGGUGACAAACAAAAACAAUAUUAUUUGUAUUGCAAUGGUGGGAUGACAUUUUAUUGCUAUUAAUGUAUGGGUGGAUUAGAUUAAAAUGGGUAAGUGCAUAAUAUUUGGUGACAUAAUACUUAUUCAUUUUAAUAACUUUUGUUUAAGUUGAUCAGUUUCCUAAAUGGUUUGGGUUCCUUUAAACUAUCAGGUUUUACAGUGUAAUACACUAAUACACAGUAUGGUUGGUACUUGGAAUGUCUAAUUUUUUAAAGGCUGAACUUUCUCUGAAAAACGUUUGAGUCAGACAAUCAUAAAUAUGCUGAAAUUGUCGCUGUUCACACAAGAAAUGGUGUUCUGCUUCCAUUUAUUUGAGUAGAUGAGGGGUGGAUGGGGCUGGGGUUUUUUUGUGCUGUCCCCAGCUACGACUAUGUAUGAAUAUAAAAAAGACCAGCCCAGUUCAAUAUAAAGCUGAAAUGUUCUUGCGAUCCAAAAAGGAUCAUCUUUUUCUUUUUGACCAACUAUAUAUUGAUGACAUUAAGAACUCACUCUCUGUCUUUUAU